AUGGAUACUACUACCAGACUUCGGAAAACAUUCAAGUAUCCCUCUGAGGAUGAUGGAAAUAUGUCGCACGAAGAAAUGGAUGAAGAAGAACAAGAACACCUCCUCCAAAACCUUCAGGCCUCGGAGACAUCCACAAAUGCAAUCUACACCAUGCUAUUUACAGGCCUGCCAUUGAUUGUCACCCUCCCAUUCAUGUGGUAUCUCUCGAUAUCGACUUCAAGAGCCAUGGCGUUUCUGUGCCUAUUAAGCAUCACCUCACUCAUCUCCAGCGCCUAUAUCAUGUACAUGAUCCCUACCUCGACCCCAUUAGGAUCUCUGUCCGUUCCGCCGCGGACAACCCCUAUUACACGACAGAGACAGGCGCACGGCACAGGAUUGUCUCAAUCAGCCUUUCUCUUUGCGUCCGCCGAAAGUCCCAUCGAUCAAUACCUACCUUACCUCAACGCUUUCAUCGGCGUGCUGCUAUUUAUUGCAUCAAUGGGUUAUCGCUCACGGAAUGAUGUGCCGGAGGGGCUGUGGCUGUUUCUGUUGCUUCCUGGCCUCAUUUUUGGAAUGGUCUUUAUAACUAGGAGGAGUAUGUCGGAGGUUCAUGCGGGGCUGGCCGAAUUGCAAGGGUUGAGGUAUGAUUAUAGGGGAGCCUGA